AUUCGUGAUGAGCUAACAUUUGAACGGUAUAUUGCUGAAAGCUGCUUCCUUCAUUCCUGACGCCCCGUGUCUGUGUUCUUCAUUUUGGCAUCCAGGCUCAUCGUAUAAGCUAGCAUGCAUUAUCAUAGUUUUGAGUGAUUCACUCUGAGGGUUACAAUCACGGAUUCCCCAUCGAGCUGUACUGCUCCCAACUAGGUCAAAGAUAGAAGUGGAUUUGGCUGAAAAGCCUUGAUUUGAUCACAUUUAAGUUGAUAAGAUGGGUAAUGGCUGCUCGACGGAGAAAUCAACGGAGACUUUGUCGCCCCAUGCGACACGAUCUAAGUCGAUGUUAUCCAAGUCGGCCAGCGGCGCUGGUAGCCGGAAGACCCGCGAGGACCUGGCAUCGCAGUUUGUAGCUGAAUUCCCUGCGGAUGACGACCCCGACGACGACAUGCCCUCCUACCCCGAGGGUUCCCGCGAGGCGACUCUCCUGAAGGUUUUCAAUUUGCUGGAUUCAGAGAAUUGCGGCUACAUCUUGGUGCCCGUUUGGAAGGACUACGUGUUGCAGAUGGGUCUGACCACGGAGGCGCUUGCGAAGGAGCUGGCGGUCAUUGUCGCAGAUCAGAAGACCCCAGGUGACCCGCGGGUCACUGCCCGGCAGUUCGUCACCGCCAUGGUACACAUGGUGGUGGGAUAUGACGAUCCGGAGUUUGGGAAGUUUGUUGCACAGACUCUGAUGACGUACAGCCUCUUCUGUUCGCAAACGCUGCUGCUGAUCCUGCUGCCUCUCCCUUCUGUUGUUGACCCUGCUGCUGUUGCCGUUGCAUCUGGGUGCUCGUGCUACUGCGUAUGGAUGUGGCGGCUUAGGGCCAAGGGGGCCAGUCGCUACCUCAACACGGAGCAGGUGGGGCCGCCGGGUGGGCAGGCAGCCUCGCAGGCGUAA